UCAGUGAGUGAACACUUGCCAUGUUGUUCGUACUGGCGCUUUGAGAUAUUUAUUUUUGAUUAUACUUCAACAGUUUCUGAAAAGUUGUGUUGAGUUGGUCUCAAAGUUCAGAACAGUUUAUUUUACCAGAGGUGCUCAUUUAAGGUGACAGAAAAUGGCGACGACAAAUAACAAGAAAAUGGCUUUUUCUAUUGAGAAUCUUGCAAAAAGCAGUCGUACAGAUGAUAAUCAAGCGAAUGACUGUAACGGAACGUAUUUUUACAACAGAAACCCGUGGCAGGAUGGAAACGCCAUGAAUCUCGGAGAUUGGACUAAAAGUGUCUGUAGCAGCCCAUAUUUCACAAACGGAAAUGGAUUAACAUCGCAGUGUAUCCCUAAAGUACAGUUUGGCUCUCCGAUUGGAAAUCUUAGAGACUCAUUUCGUUUAAGUCCCGACGACGGAUAUUCCUCACAGAACAGCACGCCGUCUGUAUCCGGAAGUUGUCAAAAACGCAGGCGCAUUGACGAUGAUGUGGAUAUAUCGAACAGCAUCUCGCCUCCCUGUUCUACCGGUAGUUCUAUGAAGCGAAAGCGCAUUGAUGCAGAGGUUGAUAAACUAAGAGCAAGGAGAAUAUCUCAAGCACAGACACCAAAUGGAAAUUUAACCGAUUCAAGUUUCGAAUCUACUUGUGCACUUUCAGAUUCGGAUGAAGGUAUCGGAGAAACUCCUCGACCAAAGAAGGCGAGAACAGCCUUCUCCAAUGAUCAGGUCCAGGCUCUGGAAGUAAGGUAUCAAUCCCGGAAAUACCUACCCGCAGGGGAGCGGUCAAAACUGGCCACAGAACUCGGACUCACGGACCAGCAGGUGAAAACUUGGUUUCAAAACAGAAGGAUGAAGGAAAAGCGGAAACAGAAAGAUGACGCCUUUACCGGAGGAAUGCCAAUACCGACAGGUGGCGUUGAUAUUUCACAGUUACAGGCACUCGGAUUACCUUGCCCUCCUCCAUACACAAUCAACAACAAACAUGAACAGUUGAUGAAAGACGAUAGUAUUCCGAACUUUCCUUUAACAACAUCGAGUUCCCAGUCACCAAUGUUCCGAACAACCCAGCAAGUGCCAUUUUACUCAAGAUAUCAGCCAAUGACAAACGGUCUUGGCAGUUCUCCCGACUUGGCGUCCCGAACCAAUCAUCUUGAGGGUUACAGCUGACAAGGGAAGAAAUAGUUCGAUAUCGUAAUGUGACAUUUCAUAAUUUUUGUACAUGUUGUAUUUUGUAAAUAUUUGCUGUAUUGAUCCACUAUGUGCCAAAUCUAAUA